AUGGAGUCGAGCAUUGAUCCCGACUUGCAAAAACUGUGUCGCCAGUUCUUCCAAUUAGUUGACGUCCAGCAGCUGAGAUGGCCAGAAUCGCAGAAGUUGAAGAAGCCGGAUGUGCAAGCCUGGAUCUAUGAUAAUCUUUUUAAUUCCGACAACAUCGCUUUUCUUCCCCCUGACCGUUAUCGACAAAGAGUCUUAAAACUCCUCAUGACCAAGAUCGAGUCCGCUAUCGAGGAUCCAGAGGAGGAUGUAUGGCCUCACCUUUCCUUUUGUCUACCAUCCAAGAGCCUGGAGGGACCUGAGAUAUCAGAUGAUCUUAUGAACGAACUUUCAUCUCUCUUGAGCUCCACCCUCCUCCCGGAAGCUGCAUCUGCCCAGCAAAAGGCCUAUGUGACAUACUCUUUUCCGCUCGACAGGGGAGAUUCCAGAUCCUCUGAGACUGCAUCAGUUACUCUUCUCGAAUCUCGGUCAGUCAUCUCAGCAUCCGGUACCACUGGACUUCGCACGUGGGAGGCGGCACUCCUGUUUGGUUCGUUCUUAGUCUCCGAAGGGGGUCGGAGAAUAGUACAAGGACGCAACGUGCUUGAACUAGGCGCCGGGACGGGAAUGCUGUCUAUCCUCUGUGCAAAAUACCUGGGAGUCUCUAGGGUCCUCUCCACGGACGGCGACGAGUCGGUUGUUGAUGCGAUUAAGGCGAAUGUUUUCCUCAAUGGCCUGGAUACGGAAAAAUCGUCACAGGGUCUUGUGAGAACAGCUGCACUUAAAUGGGGCCGCCAUGUUAUUGCUUCGACAUUUUUGGAAGAUUACGGCAUGGAAUUACCAGAUGUGGUUCUUGGGGCUGACGUCACAUACGACCGAUUCGUCAUCCCAGCCCUUGUUUCGACGUUGAGAGAAUUCUUUGAGGCGAAAUCGACGCUGCAAGUGCUCAUUGCGGCGACCAUACGUAAUGAACGGACGUUCGAGACUUUUUUGAACGCGUGUAAGCGGAAUUGCUUCGGUUUGCAGGUCCUCGACUUCCCGCUGGUCCCUGAGGGUACUCAGGAUGGACCCUUUUACCCAACAUCAACUCCCAUUCAGAUUUGGCGAGUAACUGGAGCGCAGGAGUAG